CACGACAGAAUACUGAAACGGCAUUGGUCACAUUCCUGGUUGCGUGGCGAACACGGAAGUAAGGCGUCUCUCUGAUGUGAUGUGAGCAAAAUGAUCGGGGAUCUGUUGAUAUUCGGGACCUUACUGGUCAAUGCAGGAGCUGUGCUGAACUUCAAGCUCAAAAGAAAGGAGUCCCAACAAGGAUUCGGAGAUGAGUCCAGAUCACCCACAACAGGUGACAACAUCAGAGAGUUCCUGCUCAGCCUCCGGUACUUUCGUAUCUUCAUUGCUCUAUGGAACAUCUUCAUGAUGUUCUGCAUGAUUGUAUUGUUUGGGUCAUGAUCCACCUUUGUGCACUGGACUUUCAUCAGGAUGCUGAUUUUCUAGGGUGGAUGCUAUAAACUUCUUCUAAACUGGAGUUUACUGUUCUUUUGGCCCUUACAAUUGUAUUUAUGGUUCAUUUUUUAUUAACAACCCAAAAUCAUAAAUCUGCUUCCGGCUGUACAGGAAUUUAUGAAUCACUGUAUUUAUUUUGUCUUAUAGAAGUUGUUACAUUUGUACCCUUUUUGGUUGAACUGUAUCUACACCAGCACACGUGCCAUUGCUGGAAAUGUGUUGUCUUGUGCCCAUGGGCUUCAAUAUUGAACAGGAGCAUUUUUCUCCAGCAUAUCAGUUUUGAAACGGAGAUGAAAAUGAUAAACAGCCUUCACUUACAGGAUUAAAAACUAAAUAAAAAACUUGCUAAAUAAGCUGAAAAAGCUGCAGGGAACUAGAUUUAAUGUGAGUCAAAAUGAUCUGUCACUUACAGAACCCUACAUCCCCUCUGUACAAACAUGUCCAAAUUUACUCAUCAGCUUUUAUGCUCCUUAUUUCAAUCUGGAAAAAAUAUCACUUUUUCCUUUAUUCGGGGGCACCUGUGCUAUGACUAAAUGUUUAAGCCCUACAAUGUAAAUGUGUCCUUAUUCCUAACAAUAAAAAUACACAGUUUUCUUA